AUGGCUUCUGUAUGCGCGCUCGCUCCACAGGCCGACAGCCACUUCCGCUUUCUUGAUCUCUCGCCCGAACUCAGAAACCAGAUCUACAGAUAUUGCCUCACUGAUUCCGAGGUCCUCGCGGUCAGAAGCGGUGCUUCUCUCAAUCCACCCCAACGACGCUGGUACAUUCUGAGAGCACCUCCACUCACUCAACCCGUCCUCUCUACAAAUCUUCUCGCCACUUGCAAGAAGAUUCAUGACGAAGCGACCCCAAUCCUCUACGGCUCCAACACCUUCGAGGUGGACAGCUACGAGACUGGCCACCCACUCUUCGUCUCAUGGACCGAGACUAUUGCCGCUUCCAUUUCUCUCGUCCGCAAUGUGCGAGUCGGCGGUAUUACCAAUCGAAGCGUCGCGGUGGAGAAUCUACGCGGCUUGCACGCUGCAACAUCAUUACAGAGUCUGGUUGUCCUUGGAGACUUUAGGCUGACCUUUUGUACCGCUAGUACGAUCGCUAAAGCUUUGCUGCCGCUUAUGCUUCGUCUGCAUCGAUGUCGUAAGGAUACCGGUCUGAAGGGCGCGUUUGAUGUUCUUGAUCUUAGUUUGCUGCCUGAGGCGGUUGUGGAGAAGGUCAUGGCUAUUCUCAAGCAGCGUUUGAAGUGUUGA